ACGGCAUUGGUUGCAAAGCUAAACAGAUAACUUCAUAUCAAAUUUUUAUCUCAUGCUAAUUUUUUGGGAGAAGUGGUAGAUGUGACCAUAUGCAGAUUUUGAUCUCUGCUUUAAUUUUUUCCUCCAUAACCCAGAUAUUUAAUAAAAAGGACAUUUAUUGAUCGUUAUUAUUAUUGUCUUUUCGAAGUAAUUUUAAGAAAAGUUUAGAAAAGAACCAUCCCACAAAACUUUCGGCAAUGUCUGGUGCUGCGACCGCUGCUUUGAGAGCUGCAAAAGCUGCUUUGCGUACAGAGUUAAAAAAACGUAUUGCUAAUAUACCACAUGAAGAACAAUAUCGUCAAUCUAAAAUUGUAACUGAAAAAAUUUUGGAAAAUUCUCGAUUCAAAAGCUGUCAUCGUGUUUCGAUUUACCUGAGCAUUCAAGAAGAAAUCAGAGUGCAAACUGUUGGAAUUUUAGAGCACAUAUUCAAAUUAGAUAAAGAAUGCUUUGUACCCAAAUUUACUCCAAACAGUCAUGACAUGGCAAUGUUAAAGAUCCACUCUCUUGAGGAUUAUGCAAAACUUGUUGCUGACAACUGGGAAGUAAAACCACCGAAUGAGGAAGAUAUGAAACGUGAAGAUGCUCAAUCUACAGGUGGCUUAGAUUUAUUAAUAGUACCUGGAUUAGCUUAUACCAAAAGAGGACACCGCUUAGGAGGUGGAAAAGGUUAUUAUGAUGCUUAUAUUCAAAACUGCUCUCAUGAUCCACAUGGACGUCCUUAUACAAUUGCUCUGGCAUUUAACGAACAAAUUCUUCACAGCAUUCCUUGUGAUGUCCAUGAUUUCAUGGUUGAUGAAGUUAUUUAUCCUGAUAACUAGAGAUUAAUAUAUAUACCAAAUUAGUCUUUUUAUCAUUAGCUAUUAAAAUGUUUAAAAGUUUCGUACAAACUGAUGGAAACUUUUUCCAUAUGUGGUUGUACUUAAAAUAUUUUGAAAAGAAUAUUAAAACUUAUAUUUCUAUGAAUUUUAUCUGUUGAUGACUUGUAUAUUAUUAUUAUCAAUUGUUCAUUUUAUAUUGAAUGUACUUAACUUUAAAUUUUAUAAAUUAAAAAUAUAUGCCUGAUGAAAUAAAAUGAUUUUAAAAACAUUACAUUCAACUUUAAAGUGUGCUGUUUGUUGUAUAGCUAUUUUUUAUAAAAAUAAAGCUGGAGCUUACAUAAAAUAUAUUAUAUGUAUACAAAUGAAAAUGCAAAGUUGAAGCCUUAAUCAAAAUUAUUAUAUAUAAACAAGAGAAAAUGUAAAUUUGAAGCCUAAACCAAAAAUAUAUGUCAACAAGUGAAAAUGUUUUUUCCUAUACAAGGAAAAAAGGUCAAGUUGAAGCCUAAAUUUAAAAUGUUGUAUGUACGAAUUGUGUUUUUCUUUACAGAGAACUGAAAAGGAUUUAUACACAUGCAUGUGUUCCUGUUAUGCAAAAUGAGAUUAUAUUAUAAAUGUGUAUUUCUAGUGCCUUUAUGUAUAACUAAGUCAUUUAGUCAGAAAUAAACAUAUCAAAUUAU